AUGCCCGAGGACGACACCGUCAGGUGCUUCCCGAAGCACCUGAACAAGCACAUCCACGACUUCGACUCGCCGCAGGGCCCCACCGUCAUCCGGGGCAUCUCCUUCCCUCCGAAGGAAACGGCGGGCGGCACCGACUUCGAGACAGACCCGCACGAUCGAGAGGCGAUUGCGGAGCUGGGGCUCCUUGAUCUGGACAACGUGCCGGAGCCGCUCGGGUCGCGCCGCAUCCACAGCGUCCAUCAGAUCGGGAGCAUCCUGGAGGUUCUGCUCCCGCGGGACGACUUCGAUCCGGAGGCGGAGAAGGAGCAGGUUGUAGACGUGUUCAAAAACUUUGCAGAGAUAGGGUGGGUGGAGGAGAUGGACAUCGGGCUGUACCCCGCCGCCUACCUCCCGGGGACGGAGGAGGAUCGGAUUGGCCGGACGCGGGUGUCGGCGAUCAUCGCGUGCGACAAGAUGAAGAAUUCGGACGGGCAGCACCAAAUGAUCCUCCUGGAUUCGUUGAGCCACGUCAACUGGGCGAUGCUGAAGGUCCGGCAGCGGACGGUGCGGAGGGACGACGGGGGGCUGGGGUCAGAGCGGUGGUUCUUGCGGGCCUACGGGCAGGGCUACGACCCCAUCAAGGCGCCGUACAAGUGGGGCCCGGAUAUGGCGGACACGUUCCUGGGGCGCAACGGCCGGGCGUUUACGGGGCCAGAGUUUACGGGGCCGUAUGCGUACGCCGAGAACCAGAAGCGCUGCAUUCUGCUGCAAGCGUAUGAUUCCAAGUACGGGUUUCCGGGUCACGGCUACGGAAUCAAGUCCGAGAAUGUGGGCAUCCACUGGCUGUCAGGCAUUACUCGGAUCGGUGACCUCGGGCGCCAACAGAACCUCCACAUGAUCGCCAUCAUUCUUUCGGUGGCGUACCAGUUCCUGAUCGACGCGAGCUUUCAGGACGAGAGUUUCGACUUAAUGACAGCCGACGUGGGAAAGAAGGUGGCAGUGGCCGCCAACUUCCUCAUCGCCUACGAGCAGACCCGCCACGUGAAGAUUGGGCGGCCGGCGAACAACCCCCAGGACGUCAACUUCAAAGCCUACAUCCAUCAAGACGUCCUGUCAAGUGAGCCGGAAGAGUGGGCAGCAAUCCAGGCGGAAUUCGGUUUGAGCAAGAUGAGGAGAAUGAGAAUGAGGAAGGCCGCUUCUAGCCUUGGAGACCCAAGCCACCCCCCCUCCCUCAGAAAGGGCCUUCCUCAUUCUCAUUCUCCUCAUUUUGCCAAGGAUGAGGAAAAUGAGAAUGAGGAAGGCCGCUUCUAG